AUGGCAACAUUCCUUGAGCUCGGUAUCCCGUCCUCUACGUCCACUGUUUCUGUCGCUGCUAUUAACCUCGGCGCACUACUACUAUCGUCAGUCCUGCCUGCAGGGUUCUUCCUCGAACCCUUACUUCCGGGCAACGAAUCGUUCAGACCGCCCGUCUAUGCAUUCUUCAUCGAGCAUCGUAUCACUGGCAAACGCCUCAUGUUCGACUUGGGGCUGCAGAAGAAUCAUCCCUCUGCUGUUCAGGAACUGCUGACGUUGUGGAGGGGCCGUGGAUGCUACCUGGAACCUGCUGACAAAGAUCUAUUUGAGAGGCUCCAGGAUGGUGGAGUUGACCCGGCGACUAUAAAUACGGUUAUUUGGAGCCAUGGCCAUAUCGACCAUACUGGUGAGAUGUCCAAGUUCCCAACUACAACCGAGCUCGUCAUUGGUCCCGGUUUGGAUACUCGUACAUUCCCAACCACACCCGAGUCUCAUCUCCUCGAGUCGGAUUUAGCAGGUCGUAAAGUGACUGAACUCGAUCUCAACGAUUUCGCACUUACAAUCGGUGACUACGAGGCACUCGACUACUUCUCUGACGGUAGUCUCUACAUCUUGAAUUCCCCUGGAGUAAGUACUGGUCCUCCCAUUCUCCUAGAAAAGUAUAGCUUUCUGAACGCCCAGGCUGGGCACAUCAGCAUUCUUGCCAGAGUCACCUCGACUUCAUUCGUCUUACUCGGCGCUGAUACUUGCCACCAUAUUGGACAGGUGCGGCCAACGACCGAGCUUCUCGAGCACUACCCCUGCCCUUUCCAUAGCAUAGCUUCACGCACCACUCCUCUCCUACCUGAACAUCCUGGCUAUGGCCAUGCUGAACCAGAAGUAGCUCGUACUACAAUCGCCAAGUUAGCAAAGCUCGACAUGAGUCCGGAUAUUUUGGUUAUAAUCGCGCACGAUGCUACUGUGCCUGCCGUGAUUGACGAGUUCCCGGAGAUUUUGAAUAAGUGGAAAGAGAAGGGAUGGAAAGAGAAGCUUAUGUGGGCGGUCUCGGACAAGGAUUUCCCCGCGCUUAAAACUUGA